UAUUUGGUUUAUUUCUUUCCUUUUGCAUCCAUUAGUUUGCUAUAAAAGCCAUAGUUAGUCUCCCUUAAUUAUCCUAAAAGAUUAACAGGAAACGAUAAAAAGGAGAUCACAACUUUCAACUACGUACUGUUUAUUCUUAUUUGUUAAUUAAGGGAUGGUGAAGCUGACAAUUAUUGGGAGGGUGAGUGAUGGAAUGCCCCUUGCCCAAUGUCCAAGAUUUGUGCAAGAAGAGAAUGAUGUCCUCUUAACUUACAAGCAACAAGCUGAGUUCAUUCUCAAGGAAAUUUCUUUACGAGCCUUGCCCUUUUCCAGGAUGACCAUUCUUGUAGAUCACCACUGCUUCAACUACAUAGUUGAAAAUGGGAUUUGCUUUCUGACGUUAUGCGAGUCAUCGUAUCCAAGAAAGCUGGCAUUCCAUUAUCUACAAGAUUUACAGCAGGAGUUUGAAAGAUUAGAUAGGAGCCUCACAGACAGAAUUACAAAGCCAUAUACCUUCAUCAAACUUGAUACUAUCAUUGGCAACAUUAGGAAGCAAUAUGUGGAUACAAGAACACAGGCAAAUUUAUCUAAACUAAUUGCUGAUCGUCAAAAGGAUUUAGAUAUUGGGACAGAUGAAUUAUCACUAAUAACAGAACGAAGGCGAAGAGUUGAAAUGGUCGAGAGAAUGAUGGUUGCUCAUAGAAGUACUUCUCCAAUCUGGGAGUCUAAAAGGCUUGAGAUCAUCGCGCUGAAAUGGACACCAAUUACAAUCCUUCUCGUUGUUGCUGCUGUUCUUCUAUGGACCGGCUUAAUCCUCCAAGAUGAUUUCCGAUAACUUUAUACUUCCUCCAAUGUUUGGAAAUCAAAGAAAAAUGCUUCAAAAGGUGGUGCAAUGAAGAAAUAAGCAGGAUAUCCACUGAUUGGAGACUUUGGGGGUUGGGGUGGGGAAUUAGCAAGAUUCAUUUUCUAAAUCUCAGCCUUCAUAUAUAUAUUUGAUACUUGAGAUAUGUCUUCAGGAAGUGGAAUUAAGCAACUUAAAGGUCACAAAUUGUGCAUAUUGUUAUUGGCUUA